ACACGACAUGACGUUAUCAGAAAUGCGCAGACGUCGCGAACUUGCGAUUUAUAAAGUGGUUCGACACAACCGAGGUUCAGUAGGCCUCAUAGAGUCUGGUGACAGGCAUCGUAUCCGUGGAGGAACAACCGGAUUGCUGUGCUAAUAAUCCAAGCAGAAACAGAACUCUUGAAAGAAAGCUGCUCCCAGAAGGUUUGCCCGCAAAUAUGGGGUUGUCGAAAGUCUUUGCCGUAGUCGCUUUUCUGGCGUCAUCAUGUGGCGCAAUGUUCUACAGAACUGAUGCUCCAUGCGACUUCACGGACGUCACCAUAGACGACGAAGUAUUUUCCAGGCUAAUCGCCAGGCUUCCCGAGGGUAUGCAGUCAGGUCGUCAGGGUUACACUACACUGUUUCCUGGAUUCGAAGUCGGCGAGCUCACCGUCGACGGUCUGACCAAACUGCGCCAGUUCGGACCCGCCAUCCCUUACUGCUCCAACGGAACUCGCAUGGUGCAAGUGGACGUCUUCAGCGAUGGUGAUACGCACUUCUGGUCGCCAUGGAAGACUUGCUCGGGCGACGAAGGACGCGUCACGGUUCGCGCCUUGUUCACGCGGUUCACCUUCCAGUUUCGCGUCAUUGAAUCCUCUGCAUCGGGAGUGAAGUUGGAAUUUGACCGCGCCCUCCCCGUCAUCACGCAGAGUGUCCGCAUUGAAGUCGAAGGGGCUGGCCCUGUGGUGCGCGGCGUGUUCGAAAUCUUGAGCGCGCUCGUGCCAAGCAUGGUGGAGGAAGUUUGGUUGGGGCAAUUUUUCAUGAUCAUUAACGACAGUUUCCGCUCGAUCAACGAGUGAAAUGCACCCACGAAGAAAACAUCAGCGUCCCAGCAUCAAGAUAAAACAUAAACACCUUAGGAAUACCAAGUCCUGACACAUUUUCCAGUGAUUUCUUCUGUUGCGAGAAAGCAAAUAAAUGAGACUUACCUUCCAACUA